AGCGAUAUUAAUAAUAAAUGAAUUCGACCAUAAUUCUCAAGCGCAGCUAGACUCUUCUUAUCUGUUGCGGAGGGGAAUUCGUGGUGACGGGAUGGCUUAAGAGUUUAUAUAAAUGUGGGUGACGCUGGGCGACGAUCAAGGCCCAUAUUGAGAGCAGACCGACGACAAGAUUACAAACUUCCUUAAUUGUCUACAAUACGCAUAACCCAAAAUCUGGGUACUGCCUAGUUAUUAUCCUAACAUUUGCCAAGCCAAGUUCCAUCUGCCAUGCAUCGAGCUGGCCUCACAGCCCUAGCCCUCGCGGCUCUGGCCUCCGCAGCUCCCAUCUCCGAACCGACGAAGACGGUGGAGAGACGGCAGUUUGAGUGGACCAACCCGGGCACAUGGUUCCCCGGAUCAGGUAGCCAGCCGCCACCGCCAGCCUUCACCCUCCUGCCGCCCAUCACCGGGGGUCUCGAGCCCUCGGACAAGAAGCGCCAGGACGUCGUGAUCCUACCCCCUAUUACGGGUGGUCUCGAACCAUCAGAUAAGAAACGUCAAGACACGGUGAUUCUACCGCCCAUCACAGGCGGCCUCGAACCCUCGGACAAGAAGAAGCGUCAGGACACGAUCGGGAUCGGGGACGGGAGCACCGAUCCCGUGAAGGCGCACAUCACGGCCCUGGAGCUCGAGUACGAGACGCUGCUCCACGGGUUCGGAGAGCACCCGCCGAAGCCCAUAGCCAAGCGCAUCGCCGCUAUCAAGGACGAACUGCUGACUAAAUACGGCAUUACGAUUGUGCAGUCGCCGGACGGUACUACGACGACAUUCGUGCCCGGCAAGCGCGACGUGCCUUUCGGCGACGGGUUUAUCCCCGGCGGCCCCUUCUUUCCCGCCCCGGGCAUUCCCGGUGGCCCGAUGACCCCCGACCCCGUGGUGCCGGGCGGGCCCAUCGAGGUCAGCAAUUAGGCCGGCUGGCGGCGCUCGCCGCAGAUGUCGAUUGCUAGAGGUGACUACCUAGAAUAGUACUGGUCAUGGUAUCGGAGGAGGGAAUUUCCUUGCACGAAAAGACAUGGUAAAAAAAGGAGCGAAAAGGGCGCUAGUGAUAUCCGGGUUUCUCAGCUAUUCCUUUAGUCGCUCUCAGAUCUAAUUACCUAGGUUGUUGUAGUAGUUUGCUACU